AUUUUAUUAAAUAAAAUAUUUUGACGUGGCUUGCUCGAUAAAUACCUACAAGUUCACGCUGUUACACGCGAUUAGAAUGUGCUCACUAUAGUUGUGCGCUACAAACUUCAGUACAAUUGUGACGAUGGUAAAAGCGUGUUUAGGUCAGGUUUACAUUGAUUCAGUAGUUAAGCGAGUAACUUGAUCACAUACUCAGUUUAUAUUAUGACACAAUCUAAACCUAACAAGCGUUCGCGAAAGAGCAGAAGAAAAGUAUACAUGCAUAUAAUGUUGCUAAUUUGCUAGAAGAACACUAAUGUAUAUUUUCCUUGUCGCGUUCUCCAACGUUUGCCCACUCAUAUCUUAUCAAUCAAAGGUAAAUAUGGCCAAUAAUUUGCUGUCAGAUCAUUACUCUUUGAAAUGGAAUAAAUUUUGUAACACUUUAAUAUCUGGCUUCCUAAAUCAUCUCACUGAGAAUGAUUUAGUUGAUGUCACACUUGCUGUUGAGGGUCAACUGUUACAAGCUCAUAAAUUGGUUCUUUCAGUUUGUAGUCCGUAUUUUAAAAACAUUUUUAAGGAAAAUCCUUGUCAGCAUCCAGUAAUCAUUUUGAAAGACAUGAAAUAUACUGAAAUUGAAGCACUACUGAAGUUUAUGUACCAAGGUGAAAUAAAUGUUAAACAAGAAGAUUUAUCUACCUUGUUAAAAGUGGCGCAAACAUUACAAAUAAGAGGUCUCACACCGGAAGGUACAAGUAAUACAAAAUCGUUUUCUGAUUAUGAUGGCCAAUUGAACAUUGAUUCCAAUAUCCAAAAUAUUGUUCAAUCACAAUUGGAUAUAGUAAAUACAAGUUCCAAAAAUGUGGAAGAUGUACAUAAGAGGAAAAGAUCUCAUGAUGUAACAAAAAUAGGGGCCAAGAAAAAAAAACAGGAUAUAUUGUUAAUAUCAGAAGAUACAGAUGAUUUAUCUGAUGAAAACGUGAAUAAUGAUAAUGAAGAAUGCUUAAUGAAAAAUGAAGUAACUGAGUUUCCAAAUGAAGAUGAUGAUAGUAAUGUUCCUACUGUACAAAAUGAUGCUAAUAAUGAGAAAGAUGAUUCAACAAAGCCAAUCAAUGCUCAAAGUUCAAGGGGAAAUACAACACAGCAAGAUGUUGAACCAGUAAUUUAUAGACUUUCUGCAAGAGGUCGACCACAAUUAGUGCAUGAAGGCUAUGUUUAUAAUUUAACAUCCCGCUCUGAAGGGUUAAAUAGAUCUCAUUACAGAUGUGCAGAGCAACAUAGAGGAUGUAAAGGUAAAUGUGCAGUUAUUGCUGAAAGAUUUAUGCCUACAGGUGUACAUGAUCAUAAUCAUCCACCUGGUUAUCAUUCAGAACACGAGUACAGAAAGAAAAAGAUUUAGACACCAGACACUUUUCUGAUUGUAAAUUAUGGACAAUAUUCGAUUAUAUUAUAAUUUCAUCGCAAAAGUUUUAGUAAUGCUCUAAUAGAUGUUAAUGAACAGUGCAUAGUAUUCUUGAAGUAAAACAAACUUUAAGUUACUAUGUAGCUCUUUGAUAAAUAUAAAAAUUGACUAUAGUAUAAUAACCAAUAGAUAAAAGCAGAUGAUUUACACUAUAAGAGAUCUAUAGCUGUAAUGAUAAAUAAUAUUCAUAUUAUAUGGCAGCUACAAUAUAUGACCAUUAUAUUAUAAUUAACUGUGAUGAGCUUUGAAAUUGGUGAAACAAAUAUUUCAGAAGUGAUGAGCACAUUCCAUUUAGUAUUAUCUUUAAAGUCAAAGCCAAAUAAAAGUAUUUAAUUUCUGUUAUUUCUUUACUUGUAAGAUAAUGUAAGUAUAAUGAACAUAAUUUCUUCUUAUAAAUGCACAUAGGUGUACAGAUGUAAACGUAUGUACAUAUGUACAUAUAAAUAU